UUCCCACUUUUACCUUCACCAACUCAUCUGAAAAUGUCCGGACGUGGCAAGGGCGGCAAGGGCCUGGGCAAGGGCGGUGCCAAGCGCCACCGCAAGGUGCUUCGCGACAACAUCCAGGGCAUUACCAAGCCCGCUAUCCGCCGUCUGGCUCGUCGUGGCGGUGUGAAGCGUAUCAGCGGCCUGAUCUACGAGGAGACCCGCACGGUGCUGAAGACCUUCCUGGAGAACGUCAUCCGCGACUCGGUCACCUACACCGAGCACGCGCGCCGCAAGACCGUGACCGCCAUGGACGUGGUGUACGCCCUGAAGCGCCAGGGCCGCACCCUGUACGGCUUCGGCGGCUAAGCGGCUUCUGCGCUGCUGCUGCCAAGCUCGGGCGGCGGCUGUGGGCGGUCACGGCACGGAUCCACCGUGACUUGCCCCUUCCCCGGGCUGCCUGCCUCUUCCUCCAAACUCGGUGUUUCUCAACACCACCAUGCUCGCAUCCUAGCUUUCCCCAACGCGUCUCGGCGUCGUGGGUGCUUCACGCAGGGGACUUGGGUGCUGGAUGAGCCUGGGGUCCCUAAGAGCAAGGUGCCGUGCCGAUUCUACCGUAUACUUAGACCACAACCCUGCUGCAGCCAACUGCUGCACCAAGUGCAGUUCUCGUGAUUACGUUGGUGCGGGCAGUGCUUCACCCUGCCCUAAGAGGUCAGACCACCGGGGGCCGGUGGUGGAGUUGCUCGAAAGCGGUCUCGGGUUACAGCCUUCAGGAAAACAGAGCGUUGGACAGCUUUACCAAUGUGUUUGGGUGUGUUCCGCAACUGGCUAUGCUUGGCCGCUGGAGCGAGCGGAAACCUUGCUGGUGGUGCCUGCGCUAUCCUACCCCAGCGUAGGGAGUCGUCAGAAACCAAGUUUUCCUGGAGGGUUCUGAGAGUGCGUGUGUACGUUUGCCAUGGUGGGCUGGGGUCCAUAGUUGCAACCCCGCGGCAGGGCUGCCGUGAACAAAAAGGUAGUGAAGGUCCCUCGCUACGCUCUAUCUGUGCGGCCACACGGCGGUUCGGGCUCGCCUCCCAACCCCGAAGAUCGCACUGGUUACAAGAGCGGGCCUCCCCCAAGGAGUUGCUUGCGGGGCUCUCUUCCUUAUUACAUACGGCGGCGGAGCCGCCGCCCAGAUAUACUGUAACAACACGACCAU